UGCAAAUGACAGAAACCUGUCAAGUCAAUUGAAAAACAACAAAACACAAAAAAUUUGAGCGACGACGAAGAAGAGUCUCUUGUAAUGUGCCUUAAUCGUAUUUUGUUGAUUUCUUGCUUCGUAAUUAUUCUUAAUGCCAUUUAUACGACAAACUCUUAUCGGUAUCAUGAACACAAAGAAAAUGAUCUCUCAUUGUGGAUCAAUGAGCAACAAGUUAAAAUUCUCAGCGGAUUCUCCUUGAAGGUCUUCAUCAUUAAUUACGGAUGGGUAAGCCCUCAUGUAAAAGAUCCGAAUUUCAGUACUCAUUUGCCGCUUGUUCCAUCAGAGAUUGAAUCUGUGAAUUUCACAUGGAAAAGCGGAGCAAAGAAAUAUCGCUAUAACUUCGAUCGUCUUAUUUCUCUCGACGAGAAAGUUCUGCAAACGCCAAAAGUUUCGAUCAAGACUGAAGGACGUAUUCCGAGAAAAGCAAAAGAGUUCAGUAUUAUCAUGCCGUGUGUCGCAAACGCAACAGGCGUUGGAAUGUUAAGUAUUGGCUUGAGUAUCGAGAAUGCAAAUGGGCAUCCAUUGCCGGGAACGCCGCUUCGUAUAAACUUGCGAAAAGAAUGUGUUCAACGAGGCAUGCGAGCAAUCAACGAAUCAGAUGUGCCCGAUAUCGAAUGCAACAAGAGUUGUCUUAACAAUGGAUGGUGCAACAAAGAUAAGCAAUGUCAAUGUCCCGAAGGAUAUAUGGGACAAUUUUGUCAAACGGCUUUAUGUUAUCCGAAAUGCGAGAACGGAGGAAAUUGUACAGCGCCUGCUGUAUGUUCAUGUCCCAAAGGAUAUCAAGGAAGACAUUGUGAGGGAGGAAUUUGCUCCGAAAAGUGUUUAAAUGGCGGAAAAUGUGUUCAAAAAGACAAAUGCGAUUGCCCAAAAGGAUAUUACGGAUUACGAUGCGAAUAUUCAAAAUGUGUCAUUCCCUGUCAAAAUGGAGGCAAAUGUCGCGGAGUCAAUAAAUGUCGUUGUCCCGCAGGUCUCGCAGGAGAUCAUUGUGAAAUUGGGCGUUUCGUGAGACAAAGAUCUGUUUGUCAUUCAUGCAAACAUGGAAGUUGCUCGGAAACGGGACAUUGCCAAUGCUUCGAAGGAUUUGCAGGAAAAUAUUGCAAUAGAAGAGUCGGCGAAAAUAGACGACAUCAUAAAAAAAUCCCAACUUAACUUAUGGGAAAAGCCUUUUCUUAUGCAUAAUAUACGACGAGCUUAUGCUUUAAAAAAUAAUAUUCCUGAUUUCUACCAAAAAAAAAAUGAAUGCAUUUAAAAUAAAACUUCUAUUAUUUUUAGGAGACACGCUAACAUUUGAAAAAUUACAAAAUUGACUAACUAAAAAAAGAAAAAUGUCUGAUGCAAUGUGAUACUCAUAUAUUAACUUAAUACUCAAAUUUUUUUCGUAUCUCAUUUUAUAUUGAAAAUAUGAAUUUUUUAC